UAGGAAAAUCUAUGGUUACAAACACAUCCUGUCAUCUAGACCACAGUCCAGUGCUUCAGCAAAAGAACCGUUUUCUCAUUGUCUCGAGAUCGUCAAGUACACUUUUUUUGAAGAACAAACUAGGGACAAUAAUGUCGAAAUAUGUUUGUGUUGUUUCUUUGGUGCUGUUGGUAGGAAGUUUCUGGGUACAACCGGCAAAAGGAGAUAACCAGGAGUGCCUCAUAAAUACUCUGUUUCAUUCGAUUUCUACAUUGGCUCGAAACAUGAAGGAAACGACAGUGGAAGUUAAUCAGCUAAAGGAUGAAUUGCAGAAUGAAAGAGAAGAACGAAUAAAAUUGCAGAACUCGAAUGCAACAUUGCAAGAAAGCAUUGUCAAGCUUCAAGCGGACAACUUUCUGUACCAGCAAAGCUUAAACGAAACGACAGUGAAAGUUAAUCAGCUAAAGGAUGAAUUGCAGAAUGAAAGAGAAGAACGAAUAAAAUUGCAGAACUCGAAUGCAACAUUGCAGGAAGGCAUUGUCAAGCUUCAAGCGGACAACUUUCUGUACCAGCAAAGCUUAAACGAAACGACAGAGGAAGUCAAUCAGCUAAAGGAUGAAUUGCAGAAUGAAAGAGAAGAACGAAUAAAAUUGCAGAACUCGAGUACAAAGUUGCAAGAAAGCAUUGUCAAGCUUCAAGCGGACAACUUUCUGUACCAGCAAAGCUUAGACAAUGAUAUCUAUCUAUUCAUGUCACCCACUUGGUUGAAGCAAAAUGCUGAAUAUUUCGAAACUACAACAAUAAACGAGACAUAUCGCCUUUCCAUUGGCACCGGGAACACAGAAAACGGACGAAUAAUAAAGGCACCUAUAGUAGAACCAGGAAUAUUAAACAGUUCGUUUGUUUAUGUUAUACAUGUCAAAUUUUGGAAAAUUCAGAUCACGGACGACAGCGAUAUUGCUAUAGUGAUUUGCGAUCAAUCGCUCUGUGUGGGCUUUUUUUUCUUUGACAAUACCCACAUUAGAGCAGUUCAAGUUGUAGCCAAUUCAUCAAUUUGUGAAAUAUUUGGUUCUCAAUCAUCAUGGGAAAAUGUUAACUAUCAAUUCUGGAACAUCAGGUUUGAGGUGUCUCCUACUCACACUUUGGGAAUUACGUGGAAUGCUGGUUCGGACAGAGGGAUAUCACGAGUAUACGACAGCUCUCUCAAACCCGGCAAUGGACUGUGGAUUACGGCAUGCCGACAAGAAAAGAACGAAAAACAUGACUUGCGCUUUAUUGAAGUCUCUGUUAGGAAGACAAUGUGAGCCGUAAAUGUCGACAAACACUUACGUAGGUAGAAAUAGCGUAUGCGCUUGCUAUAUUUCGCUGAUUGGUGUCUUAAUUAAUUUUGCUGCUGCUUACUAAAGGAAAAAUUCAAAUUAUAGUUGGUGUUUAUCAUUGCUUGA